CACAGAUAAUACCAAUAUCAAAAACAAUGUCUUCUUCAGGGCUAAACUUAGAAAAAUAUCGAAUUCCACUGGAGGAGAUCAUUCGGGCAACAAAUAACUUCGGUUCAGAAACUCUCGUGGGAGAUGGUGGAUUUGGUAUGGUCCACAAAGCAGAACUCGGUGAUCACACAGUAGCCAUCAAACGCCUCAAUAGGAAUAAUUAUCAAGGAAAUGAUGAGUUUCGUAACGAACUCCAUAUGGUUUCCAGUUUCCAGCAUCCAAACAUCAUUCCAUUCAUAGGAUACUGUGAUGAUGACAAUGAGAUGAUCAUAGUUUAUGAAUAUGCUAUCAAUACAAGCCUUGAUCGUCAUCUUCACAACCCAGAGAAGAGGCGUUUAAUAACCUGGGCACAACGACUGAAGAUUUGUUUAGGGGCAGCAAGAGGACUCAAGUACCUUCACUCGGGACUUGGUCAUAAGCUCAGAGUAAUUCAUAGAGACGUGAAGAGCGCGAAUAUAUUGUUGGAUGACAAUAUGGAAGCCAAAAUUUGUGAUUUUGGUUUGUCAAGAUUUGGUCCAAGAAAUCAAGCAGAAACGCACGUUAUUACAAAGGCUUCGGGUACAAGAUUUUACAUCGAUCCCCUCUACAAUGAAAGAGGCAGGCUUGCGAAAGAGUCAGACAUAUACUCAUUUGGAGUGGUGCUAUUUGAAAUUUCGAGUGGGAUGCUGGCUUACCAGCCAAGGUUCUUUGGAGAUGCUAACGAACAAUAUCUGAUGGAUCUAGUCCGAAGCCACUAUGAUGACCAAGAACUGGUUGAUGGAGUCAACAAGUUAAUUGAUCCCGAUAUAAGAGGUGAUAUUGAUAUGAGAUCUUUUCAUACGUUUAACAAAAUUGCACAUCAGUGCAUUAGCUUCAAGUUAAAGGAACGUCCUACAACGGAUAGGAUCAUCGGUAGCAUCGAAGAAGCAUUGAAUAUUCAAAACAACAAAGCUGCUUCAACUGUAACCAUACGAAGCAUCCAGCCCCAAAACCUUGAAAGUUUUCGAAUUCCACUUAAGGAGAUCAAAUUGGCAACAGGAGACUUCAGUCCUGAUUCCCGAAUCAAAGAAAUGUUGACUGGAAUGCUGGUUGAUAAGUUAAGUAGAUUCGGAGAUAGUACUAAUCCACAACCUCUAAUAAGUCUCGUCAAAAGCGAUGGACUCGAAAAAAUAAUUGAUUCGACUAUACGUUAUCAAAUUGAUGACCGUUCUUUACAAGUGUAUAAAGAACUUGCUUAUAAGUGCAUAAGAUACAAUUCAAAGGAACGCCCUACUAUGGAUACAAUUAUCAAGAUGAUUGAGGAUGCAAUACACUUUCAAUACUAGAAGCCUAUCAUCAUAAAAAUAUUCCCAAGGAAAGAUAUGGCAAGUGGUUGUUUAUGCAAAGGGUAUAUGAAUUUUAAAAAAACUACAUAAACCUUGUUUGCUUCUCUAUGAACAAUUGGACAUGUCAAAAAAAUGUAUGAUUAAAGAAAAAAAUAAUUCUUUUGACCG